CUCUAUAAAACCCACCUCACCUCAGAACACCCACACAAACAAGAGCCAAAAGCCAACACAUCCAAAAACGUAAAACGAAAAAAAUGGGACUUCUUCAACGUCCCUUGUGUUGCCACUCACAACAAGACCAACAACAACAACCACCACAAUCCCAUGAUCACCUUCAUUUCGAAUCAUCAACCUCAUCCUCCCUCUCUUCACAAGCAAGCCUCCCUUCCAUUCCCUCCCUCACCCCACAAAAACUGCACCACCCCGAAGAACAACCGCAAACCACCCACCACAAACUUGUAACUACCGUCAAGGGCCACACCUCCACGAUCUUCUCCCUCGCCCUGCACGGCAAGUCUCUCUACAGCGCCUCCUCGAACGGAGAAAUAAGAGCAUGCAGCAGAGACCCUACAUCGACCGAAUUAAAAUAUAUAAGUGGAGAACAACCUCUACCUAAUACCACUAUUGUUGUGAACAGCAACGCGCCAAUCAAGUCCCUCAUCGUAUCACACGACAAGCUAUUCACGGCUCACCAAGACCACAAAAUCCGCGUCUGGAAAACAACCGACCAACCCGGUAAUAAUAAUAACAACCCCAACUACUACAAAUGCGUCGCCUCGCUUCCCACGCUCCACGACCGGUUCUCCAAACUCUUCUCCUCCGAGAACUACGUCGAGAUUCGCCGCCACAAGAAGCGCACGUGGGUGCAUCACGUGGACACCGUCUCCGCCCUCGCACUUUCCCAAGACGGGUCUCUUCUCUACUCUGCGUCGUGGGACAGAACAUUCAAAAUCUGGCGAACCUCGGAUUUCAAGUGUCUGGAGUCUGUUAAAAACGCGCACGAGGAUGCAAUUAAUUCCUUAAUUUUGUCGAAUAACGGUAUUGUCUAUACAGGUUCUGCGGAUACGAAAAUAAAGAUGUGGAAGAAGUUAGAAGGAGAUAAAAAGCAUUCUCUAAUAGGAACAUUGGAGAAGCAUAAAUCUGCUGUUAACGCUCUUGCUCUUAACUCUGAUGGGUCAGUGUUGUAUUCAGGUGCGUGUGAUAGGUCAAUUUUAGUGUGGGAGGGUGAUGAAGAUAAUAACAAUAACAUGGUGGUGGUGGGUGCUUUAAGGGGGCACACGAAAGCCAUACUGUGUUUGGUGGUGGAGUCUGACUUGGUGUGUAGCGGAUCUGCUGAUAACAGUGUUAGGAUAUGGAGGAGAAGCGUUGAGAAUGAGAAGAAGAGUUACUAUUCGUGUUUGGCGGUGCUGGAAAGUCAUCGACGACCCGUGAAGUGUUUGGCUAUGGCUGUUGACUCCAACAGUGGUGGUGGUGGUGGUCCUCAUGAGGAUGAUGAUAGUAGGUCUUAUCUGGUUUACAGUGCAGGUUUGGAUUGUGACAUUAAAGUCUGGCAAAUACGCGUUCCCUUGUGAUUCUUUUUGGUUACUACUAUUUUUUACUUCCUUCAUUGGAUUUGUAAAUAGGAUGAGAAUUUUUUGUUUUUUGUUUUUUUUUGUUAUUUUGAUGUGUAAGUUGACUUUUUGUUUUCGGUGUAGUGGUAUUUUUACUACUUUGACUAAAAAAAUAUAGAAGAUCUGGAGAUGGAUUCAUACCACUAA